GUUAGAUGUGGGUUACAACUGAGACGUUUUCCCGCAAAUAUCAUCCAUUUCGAGAGAAACGCGUUUAAUAUCAAGCAUGGGGUAUAUGUGGUACAUUUUCAGACAGAUAUCAUAUGAUUUCAUUAAUCCGUGAAAAAAGAAGGCGAAGAAGACGACUGGUUUCUGAAGCUACAGGGAACACAAGGCAUGGAGGGUGCUGAGAUCCUAACACUCCUGCUGGUUUUGGUGUAUUCACAGACCUGUACUGCUCUUGUAGAUCAAAUAUCUGAUUCUUCAUCUUCAGUUUCAGCUCAAAAUGUAAAUGGCAAAGUUCAAUGUGUGUGUGAGAAUGCGCACACCUGCCACAACGCCUCCUGCUGGGGAGACAUGUGUUUCUACACUCUUGUCCAUGGGCACGAAGUUAGAGGCUGCUUUGACAAGAAGCAGCGAGAGCAGUGUUUCGUGGACAGUAUACCUGGAGUGUAUGCCCACUGCUGCUACACCAACCACUGCAAUGCCAACAGCACCGCGCCUAAGAAACCAGUAGUGGAUCCAAAGCAGGACAACAUGGUUCUGUUGGUGACUCUGCCACUGCUGGUACUGCUCUUACUGUCAGUGGCCGUGUGUGCCCUAGUACUGUGGCUUCGGUCCAGACGCCAGCACCACCACUUAGAGGAUACUACCAUGCUCAAGGUCCCCAGCGGAGGGGACCCCACCUAUGGGGACAUCUUUGAUGAAUUCUGCACGUCUGGUAGUGGCACGGGGUUGCCUUAUCUGGUGCAGAGGACCAUGGCUCGACAGAUUUCUCUUGUUGAGUGUGUUGGGAAGGGACGUUAUGGAGAAGUGUGGAGGGGCACCUGGAUGGGUGAGAGUGUGGCUGUGAAGAUUUUCUCAUCUCGUGAUGAACAGUCAUGGUUCAGAGAGACUGAGAUUUAUAACACUGUCCAGCUCAGACAUGAGAACAUCUUAGGUUUCAUUGCCUCUGAUAUGACGUCUAAAAACUCCAGUACCCAGCUGUGGUUGGUCACACAUUUCCAUGAACUGGGCUCCCUCUACGACUUCCUGCAGUACAGUAGCCUGGAGCCUGAGGGCUGUUUGCGAAUGUGUCUGUCUGUAGCCAGCGGCCUGGUGCACCUCCACACCGAGAUCCUCAGCACGCAGGGCAAGCCAGCCAUCGCCCACCGAGACCUCAAGAGCCGCAACAUCCUGGUGAAGAGGAACGGCCAGUGCUGCAUUGCUGAUCUGGGCCUGGCUGUCAUUCACUCUCAGAGCUCUGACUAUCUCGAUGUGGGGAACAACCCAAGAGUGGGCACCAAACGCUAUAUGGCUCCAGAGGUUCUGGACGAGAGCAUCCGCACUGACGUGUUUGAGUCCUAUAAACAAACAGACAUUUGGGCCCUGGGCCUGGUUCUCUGGGAGAUCUCUCGGCGAACCAUUGUAAACGGAAUUGUCGAGGAGUAUCGCCCCCCUUUCUUCGACGUGGUGCCCUCAGACCCCAGCUUUGAAGAGAUGAAGAAAGUCGUGUGUGUGGAUCAGUACAGGCCUAUUCUCCACAACAGACUGCACUCCCAUCCGAUCAUGUCUGCCAUUGCCAAGAUCAUGAGGGAGUGUUGGUUCCAGAGUCCCUCAGCCCGUCUCACAGCUCUGCGUGUGCGGAAAACCCUUUCCAAGCUGGACCGGGACUAUGACAGCAGCAUGGAAAAACUCAAGCAGGACUUCUAGAGCUCCAGAAAAAAUCCAGCCGUCCAUACACAGCCACUGAAAAGAGCACCAAGAACCAGUCCUUUUUGGAUCAAAAGGGAGCUGUCCUGACCUGCUUGGCGCUGAGGACCAGUUUUAGCACAUUCAUUCAAUAGCAGUCUCUAACCCAAGUUUUCAUCAAUCUUACAACAUCCCCUGAAGAUGACCUUUCUUCCCCAAACUUAAUGCCACCCUGAAGAUGACCUUUCUUGCCUAAACUUAUUACCACCCUGAGGAGAACUGAACUCAUUGUUAGCCUCCUCCACAUUUCCUCUGGGACAUUCAUAAGAUUGGUGUUUCAUGGAUUUAUAAUAUUUUUCCAGAACAGGCUAUCUUUCGAAAUUUAAACCAUUACAGAGAUGACAAAGGCAUACCUCAAGGAGUUCUUUUUGGUUUAAUCAGAUUGUGAGGUUUCAGUGUUUGUGUGAGUACAGGUUUUUUUGUUUUUUUCAGGACAUGGGUCAUUCUGGACUUCCCAGUCAGUGUGUUUCCUGAAAUUCCUUGGGCAGUUUCCUGCAAUUCCUUGUGAAUGUCUCAGAGGAGAAAGGCUUUCCAAUGCUUUCACUGACCGGUGGUCUAAGUAUAUUUGUCACACAGAGAGUUUGUUGAUGUAUUCACUUUUCCUGGAGACCUUUUUGAGUCAGACACAUUCCUAGCAUGUAACUUACUGGCAUUACUCCUUUGGUUACUUCUACUUGCUGUAAAAGUUAAAACAGCCAUAAAGCAAUAUAAUUACAUACCUCCACCCUAAUUUGAAUUCACAUUCACAUACCU